AUGGCCAGUUCACGACAUUUGCGCCUCGUCGCCGGCGUCGCCUGUUUUCUCCUCGUCCUCUUCCUCGUCCACCCAUUCGAUUCCGCCAAAGCCUCUCUCACAGCGCCGCGACCAGAUGGAAGCCGUCCGAUAGCCCAGCCGGUACUGAAACCGCCACCAGACAGCAGGCGCAAGGUCACCUUCAAGCCGAGCAGCUUUGACUGGACCAAGGUCGAGCAACACUUCCCCGUCGAGCUCAAGCACAAGCUACCGACCGGCACCCCCAGACCGCAGAGAACCGUUCAGCACGACUUCUCCCGAUACGUCCACGAUCCCGUUACAAGAAACCGACAAAAGGCAGUUCGCGCCGUCUUCGAACGCAGCUGGAAUAGCUACAAGGAGCACGCAUGGCUUCGCGACGAGCUCGCCCCCGUGAGCGGCAAGGGCAAGACCACCUUUGGCGGUUGGGGAGCCACGCUCGUUGACGCCCUCGAUACACUAUGGAUUAUGGAGCUGUGGGAUGACUUUUACCUCGCCGCGGACGCCGCUGCCCAGCUGGACUGGCAAAACACCACCGAAACCUCGGCCAACAUGUUCGAGACCACCAUCCGCCACCUCGGCGGCCUCCUCAGCGCCUACGAUCUCAGCGGAGAGCAGGCGUUACUCGACAAGGCCACAGAGCUGGGAAACAUGCUUUACAUGGGCUUUGACACCCCGAACCGCAUGCCCGGCUUCUGGCUCAACUUUGAGGAUGCGAAGCGCGGCGUCCAGGUGGCCGGCACCAACGACCCCUCGGCCUCUCCCUGCUCCUUGUCGCUCGAGUUCACCCGUCUCACCCAGCUGACGGGCGACCAACGAUACUUCGACGCCAUCACUCGCAUCACCGAGUUUCUCGAGCGCACCCAGAACGAGUCCAAGCUGCCCGGCAUGUGGCCCAAGCUGAUCAACUUCCGUGAAGAGCGCGUGGACGGGGAGAGUGGCUUUACCCUUGGCGCGCUCGCCGACUCUCUGUACGAGUAUCUACCCAAGAUGCAUGCCCUCCUAGGCGGUCUAUCGCCGCAAUACGAAAAGAUGCACCGCGCCGCCAUGGACGUCGUCACGAAACACAUGCUCUUCCGGCCCAUGCUGCCCGCCGAGGAAGCCAAGAAACACGACAUCUUGUUCGUCGGCGAUGCCUUUGCCAAACCUGACGGGGUUGACCGUGUAGCCGAGGGUCAGCACUUAACCUGCUUUACCGGCGGCAUGUUUGGUCUCGGCGGCAAGCUGUUCGACAUCAACGAGCAUGUUGACAUCGGCGAGCGCCUGGCCCGCGGCUGUGGAUGGGCGUAUGAUGCCUUCCCUACUGGCGUCAUGCCCGAGAUCUUCAACAUGGUUCCUUGCGGUGGCUCCUGGGAUGCCCCCUGCCCAUGGGACGAGGGCAAGUGGAAGAAAGAGGGCAGCAAGAAUCUCAAGAAGGGGUUUGCUAGCGCUCGCGACAGCAGGUAUAUCCUGCGGCCGGAGGCCAUCGAAAGUAUCUUCCUCUUGUACCGCAUGACGGGCAAGGAAGACUUGCGCGAUCUGGCCUGGCAGAUGUUUGAAAGCAUUGUGAACGCCACGGAGACGGAGCUAGCGUACUCGGCGAUUGCCGAUGUCACGGUCAAGGGUCCGACUACGAAGACUGACUCGAUGGAGAGCUUCUGGCUGGCCGAGACUCUCAAGUACUUUUACUUGAUCUUCUCCCCUCCCAAUAUCAUUAACCUCGACGAAUACGUGUUCAAUACCGAAGCACAUCCGUUCCUCCGACCGAAGCCAUAA